UUGUUAUCAACUAUUUUAGAGACAAAGUGCUUUCUUCUCUUCUGGAUGAAACUCACCACUCCCUUUUUUCUUCGUUCUUCUUUCUCUCUCUAUCUUUCAAGUCUUACCCAUAAGUCUCUCUUCUUCUCUCCAAUAUAUAUACGUACACACAAAGCCAUAGUUAACAUUUAGUGAUCAGAAAGCCAAAAGAUGGCUAAAUUCUGCGGUUUGGUCUGCUUUUGCAUUGUAAUAGCUUUUGGGUUUAUCAUCAAUGGGUGUAUAGCAGAGGAGAAGAUUGGUAUAUAUGAGCUUAAGAAAGGGAAUCUCUCUAUAAAGGUCACUAACUAUGGUGCUCAUAUAAUUUCUCUGUUUCUUCCAGACAAACAUGGAAAAUUGGAUGAUGUUCUUUUGGGCUAUGAUACUAUUAAGGAAUACCUGAACGACACGUCAAGCUUUGGAGCUACAAUAGGAAGGGUUGCUAAUAGAAUUGCUGGUGCUCAAUUUACUUUGAAUGGAACUCUCUAUAAACUAAUUCCUAACGAAGGGAAAAACACCCUUCAUGGUGGCCCAAAAGGGUUCAGUAAGGUUGUAUGGAAAGUGAAAAAAUACCAACCAGAAGGUGAUGCUCCUCACAUUAUCUUUACCUAUCACAGCUUUGAUGGUGAACAAGGAUUCCCCGGCGAUCUUCUUGUAACUACAGCUUACACAUUACAUGGAGAAAACCAGUUAAGCAUAACAAUGAAAGCAAAAGCACUAAACAAACCUACACCAGUGAAUCUAGUCAACCAUGCCUACUGGAACCUCGGCGGCCAUAACAGUGGGGAUAUUCUAUCCGAAGAAAUUCAAAUCUUCGGUUCCAAAUACACUCCUCUCAAUAGCGAACUUAUCCCUACUGGAGAAAUCGCAUCAGUGAAAGGAACGCCCUACGAUUUCCUGAAACCCUACAUCAUUGGAAGCAAAAUAAGAAAGCUUCCAAAUGGUUAUGACAUAAACUACGCGCUCGAUGAUAAGAAGACAGGAAGGGGUAGCAGCAAGGUGUUGAAGAAAGCUGCGAUUGUGUAUGAUAAGAAGACAGGAAGAGCUCUGCAUUUGUUUACAAACCAACCUGGAGUGCAAUUCUAUACAAGUAAUACGUUAACUCAAAAGGGAAAAGGUGGGUAUGUUUAUAAACCUUUUGCAGCUUUGUGCUUGGAAACUCAAGGAUAUCCUGAUGCAGUACAUCACCCUAACUUUCCUUCCACCAUUGUUUAUCCAGGGAAGGCUUAUAAACAUUAUAUGUUGAUUAAGUUUUCUAUUGCUUCUUAACACUGAUUUUUUUUUUUUUUUUAAUUUGAAAGACAUAAAUAUAAAAACUAUCAUGAGAUGAUAGUAGAAUAAUGAUGAUUUAUGCUUUUUUUUGUUUUACUUAAGUCUGUUGUUUAGUAAAAUGAACCUAGAUAGGGAGUUUAAUUUAGUUUUUUUUGCUAUCAUUUGACUGAUCUUGUAAUAUUGUGCAUGAUCUGGGAAAUGAAUAAUCGCAGUGCCACUGAUUUUCUGGUUUUUUAAUUA